CUCGCGAGUUGAACUACUGUUGUGAACUAAGAAAGGGUAUUUCCCUGUGUCGUCACAAACGGCAGCCAAUCAGCGAAGGAGAAAGCUAAUUCGAUGACUUCCUGUGACAGAAACAGCUGCUCGGAGCACCUGCUGAGUGUGGAUUGUUAAGCUUAUUCGGUCUCGGCAUUUCUGAGACUUCGAUACGCCCGGCUACCGACUGAGGUUACUUGUUAUAGCAGUUAUGACCAGUUUAUAUAAAACACGCAGUUUGACUACAAGCUAUUUGUUGAUGAGUCUACUACCCAUGCGACUGUAUCGUUUUACCGGCUCUUAAUUUCCUGACCUUCUGAUUGUAUUAUUUAACACGUUUAUUUAAAAAAAAAAAAAAAUACACACACACACUUCGUUAUUGAGGAAAAACUAGAAGACACUUGUAACAUUCAACCCUGCUAAGCUUUGGGGUCUCAGUUAAUUCUAUUGGAACCGUAUUACUUUCUGUAAAAACAAAACAAAAACAAAAAAAGAAAAAUAUUUAUUUCGUUCGACUUCACAUUCACACACGCCUUCAAACACUACUAAGAAAUAUAGUCAAAAUUUUUUCCUUUGAGAUUCCUGGAACUCUUGCGGAAUAUGAUUUUAAUUAUCAUUAAUUUUUUUUUUUCCCCAAAUAUAACUUCCCAUCGACCUUUUUGAAUAUUAUUCUCUACAAUUAUUAUUAUUAUUUUUAUUAUUUAUUUUUUCCAUUGUUGACUUUUGGAAACUAAACGUGCCUUUCUUCACAUUUUGCAAAGAACUUUUGUAAAAAAUUAAACGUUCGUUUAUAUUUUAUGGAAGAAUUUCAAGAAUAUUUGUCCAUAAGAACGAAUGAAGGAUAUUCCGUUGGAAAAAGCUUAUUCUUUCAUAACUACAAAUCCAAUUAUUGGCACAUGGGACUUCGAUUCCAUCACUUUCCACAUCUUUUCCAGUCGUUAAAAGAGAAGAAUCCGCUACAUUUUUGCUUUUCUCAAUUCCAAAGUGUAAAUGUUCCAAACAGAUGAAUCUUGAAAUUGUUCUGACUUGCUACUAGCUUCCUGACCGCAACACGCCUGUCUUAAUGGGAUAAACAGUAGUCAGAUCUGUUUCCUUAUUGCCGUCCGCUGCAGACAUCACAGAUAUUGUUGCCUGAUUUAGAGAAUAUCUUUCUCCACUUGCUGGCUCGACACACAUUCCAGCCACGAAGGUGCUACUUCGCACAAUCAGCAAGUGGCAAAAGAAGGCAUCACCAAAUUGCUGCAGAAUAAUAAUAAUAAUAAUAAGAGAGCAAGCCGGUCAUCUUUGAAUAUUUUCGCGAUUCUUCUUCACCUAUUUUCUUCAGACACACAUUCUUUCUUUCGCUCUCUAUCCUAAUAAUCAACAUACACAAACACAUAUUUAUAUAAUGCCUGCCAAGAACUCAAUUGAUGAAGAAGCAACAAUGGUAGCUGAACAGACCACUACUGCUAUCCCCCGACCUGUGAUUCAUAAUCACAGACAUAACCUUCGCCACAGGUUCGAAAUGCUGGAAACUAUAGGAGAAGGUACUUAUGGUAAAGUGAAGCUGGCUAUAGAAAAAAGCACUGGUGAAAAGGUUGCCAUCAAAUACAUAAAGCUCAACAAAAUUCGGCACAAACAAGACCUCAAUAAGAUCCGUCGGGAGAUUAAAAUCUUAUCAAUUCUAAGUCAUCCCAAUAUAAUCAAUGUUCGAGAAGUGUUUGAGAACAAGGAGAAGAUAAUUAUGGUGAUGGAUUACGCUGCUGGAGGGGAACUCUAUGACUAUAUCAAUAAGAAGAAACCUUUACCUGAGAGAGAAGCCAGACGAAUGUUUCGGCAAAUCGCUUCAGCAAUAUAUUAUUGCCACCAGAAUGGUAUUGUCCACCGUGAUCUGAAAUUAGAGAAUAUUGUACUGGACAGAGAUGAAAAUGUUAAGGUUGCUGAUUUUGGUCUGUCCAACUUCUUCAGUAAUAAUUCUCCUCUCACAACUUUCUGUGGUAGUCCACUGUAUGCUUCCCCAGAGAUCAUCAAUGGAAUUCCCUACCGGGGACCAGAGGUUGAUUGUUGGAGUUUAGGGGUGCUUUUGUAUACAUUGGUCUAUGGCGCCAUGCCAUUUGAUGGCAAUGAUUUCAAGGUGCUAAGGAAGCAGAUAUCCACUGGAGAUUAUUAUGAACCUACAAAGUCUUCUGCUGCGGGCCUUAUACGACAUCUACUCACUGUGAAUCCUGAGAGGAGAGCCAAUGUGGAGAAAGUUGUCCAUCAUUGGUGGGUCAACAUGGGAUACAACUUCACACCUAACAAUGAACCAUAUCCUGGACCCUGGUUACAGGCUCCAAUUCAUAUCUGUGACCGAUCUAGCUUAUCUUCUGAUAGUGAUGGUGAAAUUGAUAUAAAUGAACUGCGAAGAAGAGGGAACUUUCCCAGUAAAACUUUGUCAAGACAAAGACAAGAGCAGCAUGAUGGAGACAAAUUGUCAACAUUGGACAGUACAGUUAUCCCUGAUAUAAAAUAUCAUUCUCCUAGACAUACUCAUCGACAAAAUGUUUCUGUCAGUGGCAAUGGUGCUUCCAGUGAAUUUUACCAACGUGUUAAUCUGGAUCAAAAGCCUGUCCGGAGUAUUCUAAAGCAAACAGGUAGCUGUAUGAGAGAAGAUAAAAGUACAACCAGCUACAGUGUGAUAGAAGGCUCAUGUAAGGAAAACAGUAAUCCCAACAGCAAUGGAUUUAAUAAUACAUGCUCAUCAUUCCAAAAAAGCUUGCCAAAACACAGUUCCCCUCCCACCAACAGCCUCAGUUUAAACUGUAGCAGUAGUCCCCCAACUAUAGGCUCUAUGUUGUCUGACAAAACAGAACCAAACUCUGACAUUCCUGCCAAUAGUGAUGCCGAUAGCUUUUUAACAAUAAAAGAAAGUAGUUAUAGUCAUGUGGAUUAUAACACAGGAUCAACAGUGGUCAACUCUGUUCGAACUGAUUGUGUCCGACGGCGUGGCAUUCUGAAAAAAUCUGGACUUUGUCUCCAUAAUGGUUAUACUUCAAUGAGCAGUGAUGCUCGGAAGAGGCUCAGUAUUGGCAGUGUUAGUUCAAAUUCUUCAGGUGACAUACUUGAUUUUUCCUAUGAUAGUUGUGAAGGAGAACAACAUCACUUGCUGCAAAAACGUUCUGGGAAUCAUUCUCCAAACGGUACACCUCUGUCUGAACUUGAUGAGGAGAGGCCUUCAGACAUUGCAGAUUUCUGCCGGGGAUCUUCAGUUGUUAUGACAUUUGAACAGAAGCCAUCUACUUACUUCAACCUUGAAUAUGAUCUCCUUGAUUCCUCACAGGUUCGCCACAGAGCUUUGGAAAUUUGUCAGAAAAUGUAAAACAAAAUAUUAAAAAAAAAAAAAAAAUUACAAAAACUGACAAAAGUCUUUUCCUUCCACCAUCAAAAUGACAAUUUCUCUUCAUCUCAUUUCAUCUUCUACAUCUUUAUCUUUCUCAUUUCUCUUACUCAUUUCCUCUUUUAUACUUUUUACAAAUUCCUUCAUUAUUCUAGUCUUAAAAACAAACAAACACACAAUGUACCUUCCACUCAUUUAUUCUUUGCCUGCUCUGCCAUAUCAUGACUAUCAACUGACCAUCAUUCUUGUAAGAGCCAUACAUACUAACUAUAAUCCAAAGAUUAUCUUCACUUGUUUAAAAUCUUUGAAUCCAUCCAUUUUCCUCAUCCAUCCAGCCUAAACCACAAAUUUUUGUGAUGAACUAUUUGAAAUUUAAAAUGCUUUCUCAGUUCAUUGUUCUUACUGUAAUGAAUAAUUAUUAAUUAAUUGUAAAUAAUUACAAUAACAAUGAUGACAUUUUGAUUUUAAGUCCCACUCUAACUCAAUCCACCAGAAAAAAUUCUCCUACCCACCAUUUAAAAUUUCAGCUUUUUUUUUUUUUUUUUUUAACCACCCAAGCAAAAUUAAUGAAGUCUUACCACCUAACUAAACUUCUGAUUCCUAUUGUUAAUCCGCAUGUCUCAGUUAUAUGGCAUUUUUGUUUUGUUUUUGUUUUUUUUUUUACACCAUUAGCUUUACUAAUGUCAUAGCUAUAAAAUAGUCUAUGAAUGCCUUGAGUGAAUGAGAGAGAAAGAAAAUGUGUUCAAGAGGGAGAGAGAAAAUCUCUCUCAGUUUAGGUACCAUCAUUUGUAUCUCAUCUCGUUACUUAAAAUACAAUGCUCAAAGGAACCAUAUAUUUAUUUUGAAUAUGUAUGUAUAUAUAUAUAGAGACAGAUGAAUAGAUUUAUUCUCAAAACCUAGAUUUUCAUUUCUAUUCAAAUAUUAACCCUCCUCACACACACACACUUGAAAUAUACAUAAUUUUUAUUAUAAUAUUUCUUUAUACUUCCUUGUUUAAGUCUUCCCAUGGCCAUUAUUUUAGCCUUGUUUAGCGAUCGGCCAUUGUUAAGUUCAGCAACCUAACAAUACGUUUGAUUCUAUAAGCAUUUCAAUGUUAACCUACAAAAAUUUUUUUGAUUUUCUCACUUGUCUAUUCUGUUAAACUAGGUUAAUGGGGGUACAUUUACUUUUGAGCUUUUUAACAGAACAUUAAAAAAAGACAAUAGACCCUUUCACUCUGUAUUGUUUCCUACUUGUAUACUUUCUGUUUUUUUAUACUUGAAAGUAAAUAUGUAUUUGAAAGUGCGUGUUUGGAGUAUGUACCUUAAGAGGCAUACUUUCUCAAAUGCUCUUGCCAACUAGACACGUGGGUUUUCAAAAACGUGUCUUUUUUUUUUUUUUUUUUUUAUACAGACAUGCUUGAGAGUUUAUUAAAUAUAUUUAUAAGUGUAUCUUAUUACAUACAUACACAUACAUAACAUGAAGAAAAAGAAAAAAGAGCAGUUAAAAUAGAAUUCGCAAUUUUUAAUUAUUCCAUUCCCCAUAUAUCACAUGUUUCAUUUUUAACUUAAUUUAAUGAAUUUUAUAAAUAUAUAUACUUUGGAAUAAACCUAAGAAAAUUGGAUUAUUACUCAAUAUUUCAGCUUCUGAAUUGCUGAACUCAUUAUAUUUCUUGAGUUAGUUAACUGAGUUGUAUCCUUCUAUACUAAAUUGAAAGAUUAUUUUAGUUUUAAAAUUCAGUUCAUAAAAACUGCCAAUUUAUGUCUGGAGCAGUAAGAAGAAUAUUUUAAACUAUUUAAAUCUAAAAACCAUUACAUGAAAGACAAAAACACAAUGCAGUUAUAUAAUACUAUACAAACGUUAUUGAUACAGACAUACAUGCAUACUGUAUUUCCUGAUAUUCAAGUCAAUGUAGUAUAUAGUGUAAACAUUCAAACCUGGUCACUAUUUAUAUUUGACGAAUAUUUGUCCUCAUCUUGUUUGUUGUUAACAUGGUUAAGAGCAUGGGCUACUGAUUCCAAGUUCAAUUCCAAGCAGUAACCUGAAUAAUAAUAAUAAUAAUAUCAAAAAGAACAAUAAAAACAUCAAAAGACACUUGCCCAAGGUGCCACGCAGGGUUACUGAACGCCUAAAAUAUUUGACUUGUAUGCCAAAAAAUACUAUAUAUGUACAUGUAUAUAAUGAUUGGUAUUGUUUUCAUUCUUUCACUAUUUUUGAUCUCUUCCACUUAACGAUAAUUAAUAUGUGGCCUUGUCAUCAACAAUAACAAAAAUCUUGUCUUUAUCUUUGAUUCAAUAUUUGUAGUCAAUUAUUGGUUACUAUAUAUAUAUAUGUAUAUAUAAUAUCUAAAGUUUCAGUUAAAUGUGGGAAAAAAAAUUACAUUUCUUUCGAUAAGUAUAAAUAGCCUUUUCAGACUUGAAAUAUUUAGCACAUUAUAUGUUUCUGGCUACUUUCCAUCCUCCAUCCGUUUGCAAUGACAUUAUUUCACGUUUUAGCCCUACUUUCUCACGUCCUUUUGGAGCCAAAGCCAAGUAGAUGAUACACAUCUGUUAUGGGGACUGUCUCAUAGCAAGAACACUUUCUCUUCCCCUCCCCAGUCUCUCUCUGUGUUUGUUUGUGUGUGUGUAUAGAUGCAUGUCCAUAUAUUUGUAUACAUAUAUUUAUAUGUAUAGGUACCUGUGUGUGUGUGUGUGUAUAUAUAUUUAUAUGCAUUUAUAUAUAUGACAGAGAGAGAUGAGUACAUAUGUAUAUGUGUGUGUGUAUACACAUGCAGUUUGAUAUGCAGAUAUAUAUAUGCAUAUAGGUAUGUACAUUAAGCUGCAUGUGAAUAUGUAUUCAUGUGUAGAGACGAGUGUGUGAGAAAAUAUAUAUAUAUACAUACACACAUACAUAACUAUUGUGUCUUGCCAAGAUAAUUGUUUAAUAGGGCUGUUAUUAUAAUACUGUACUCUCUGCCACAAUGGUCCCUGAGACCUGAAUAUUAUUUAUAUUCUUAUGGGAUAUUUUGUUUUUUCAAUAAUUUAAAGAUUUAUUAAUGAUGACUAAGAAGGAAAUAAUAAUAAUAAGCUAAAGAAAAUAGACAAUUACCUAAAAACAAAAAAACUUGAAGCGUCCAAUUUCACUAAAUUUUAAACCAUGUGACCUUUCUUUUAAUAAUAGAAUAUUUCGCCAAUAUGUUAAUAUUAACAUUUCGCAAAUGCCUAAAUUUUCUAAUGGAUGGUAUGUUGUCUUAAAGGUAUAUUUAGAAUAUAUAAUCCGCCCAGAUUUACGGUGUGCCUAAAACUCAGUAAAACCAUUGUUUAAACCAAUUUCUUGCCUUGUUGACAAUUAUUUGUCACACUUUACUAUUAUUAUUAUUAUUAUUACUAUUAUUAAGGUGGUGAGCUGGCAGAAUUAUUAGCGUGUCAGGAAAAUUGCUUUGCAGCAUUUCUUCCGACUUUACAUUCUGCCCAGGUUGACUUUGCCUUUCAGAGUUAAUAAAAUAAGCACCAGUUGCACACUAGGGGUCAAUGUAAUCAACUUGCUCUCUCUCCCCCUGGCCUUGUGCCAAACUUUGAAAUCAUUAGUAUUAUUAUUGCAUGUUUAUUGUCUAUAAGGAAUUGCUGAAAGUUUAAAAAGCAUUUUGGUAUGUGGUACUCCUCUCCCUCUUCCUUGUGGGCUCACAGUAACUAUAGAUGGCAAAUUGAAUUGUUAUUUUUUACCAAACCAGUUUCGUUUUGCUUUUUACAUAUUAAUGUGAAAUUCCUGAAUCAUUUUUUUUAUAUAUUCAUACAUUUGAAUAAUAAUUGUUUAUUUAACAUUUAAAAACACAAUAAGCUAGUCAGUUAUUAUGACUGCUACAUAUGUAUUGUUUGGUAAAUUUUAAAUAACUUGGCAUGAGAAAAGGCAUUCAAUGAAAAUUUAUUUUAAAAAGUGGACCUUUUAACAAUUUUUUUUUUUAACUUUAUCUGUUUCCAAAAAUGUUUACCAUUCUGAAAAGAAAACAGUGUCCAGUUUUGAUAUUUAUACAAAAAAAAUAAACAAAACAAAACUUGUUUCUUGACCAUCUCUAUGUAGUAAUAAUUUCUCUAUCAAAAAAAACUUCAUCAAACUAACAUUUUUACUGUUCGCAAUUUUAUAAAAAGGAAAAAGUUUUUUUCUUUUUCCAAAACAAAAACAAAACAAAUGUAAACCGAUCCAUUCCAUAUCAUUUUCAUAGUUCCAACAUUCCCCCCCCCCUGCUCUUUUCUAAUCAAGCAUUUUAACUUUUAUAUUGGUCUAUAUACACCUACACUACUUCGAUGAAGGAAGAACAAGACACAAACUUUAUCUUUACUGUCUAAACUUCAAACGACUCCCUCUGUUUCCUUUCAUCUUAUAUCUGAUCACAAGAUCUAUCUAUAUAUAUAUAUAUGUAUAUAUAUAGUUACUGAUCACAACUUCAUGCCGUCCUCUUGUUGAUAUAAUGACUAUUAAUUCAGCUUCUUGUUCAGUUUGCUUUAUGUAGUUUAGAUUAGAGAGACAUCAGCUAUACGUGCAUGUUAGUGUGUGUGUGUGUAUAUAUAAUGUAGGAGUUUUUUUUUUUAUGUCGAGUUGUAAUAUGGAAACAAUUUAACAUUAAACUGAAGAAUUAUUCAGUACUUUUUAGAAGAGAACGUGUUUAUAAAAUUUUUAAAAGAAGGAGGAUAGUGAUUCCAAAGUUUCCGCCUGCUAGCUUUUGGAACCCAAGUAUAAUAUUGUCUGAUGAAAAAAGCUAGCCAAAACUAUCACUCCGCUUCCUGUAACAGUUUAAUAUAUAUAUACACACACUCAUUGGUUUACAUACAUGCAUGUAGCUUAUCAACGAAGUUCGCUUGAGCUGAAAUUUAACUCACAUCCACCGUUUUUCCCCAAAAUAUGAAAAUAUUACAUCCAUGUCUUAUCCUCAAUCACUGUUAUCAUUGUAUCUUCCUGUUUCCACUUCAUGCACUUAUCAACUUCUCUUUUUUUUUUUUAUGCUGAAUACAUAGAAUAUCUUGUCGUCUUUCACUAUUGCCAAUCACAUCAUUAUCACCAACUCGCUCAUCAUCACUCUUCAGCCAUUUUCUUGACUACUGACAAAUUUUCAGACACACUUCUGUAUUGUAAUUCAACUGACCGCUAGCACAUUUUUUCAGAUGAGAUAAGCAAGACAUAAUGUUCGGUUAUGUUUUCAGUGUCUCUGAUAAAUAGCUGCUGUGUAUUUAUUAUCAUUUUUUUUGUCAUAAUAAAAAAAAAAAAUAACAGACUAAAUAAAGUCUCAUUUUUAAAAACCA